CUGGUACAUGAUGAUCCAUUUGAGCUAGAGCUUGGCUUGGAGUUUAGAACACAAAGCAAAGGCAAACUGAGUUAAUAUUGAUGGUGAUAUUUCCUCUCAGCGACACCCAUUCCACUAUCGCAUGAAAUUUCAUGGCUGCUUCAUCGACUUCGCUGGGUUUUCUUGUCCACUCUUCUCUUUUUCCGUCUUCAUCAUCUCACUACUUUUCAAUUCAUCUUCAUCGAUCCUUUUCUGUGAAGAAUGAGAAAUUUAGACCUAUACGAUGUCAGCAGGAAGUCCUGCUUGAGGCUGCAGAUUUUAAGACUGUGAGUAAGAAGAGGAGAAAGCCUAGGCCGAGUUUCUUUGAACAAAUUCGCGAUAAAUGGUCCCUCAAAACUACUCCAUUGACGGAGAAGCUUCCGUGGAGCGAAGAUUUUCAGAGGCAAAAUGAACCAAAUUUCGAAGAAGACGAACUAGAGCAACAAAGACAUCAGAUAGUGGAGGAUCAAGUGUCUGAGCCAGAAGAAGUGAAGGUCAUCCCAUCUACUAAAUUCAUAACUUCAACUGCAGUUUCAGCUCCUUGGACUCAUGGAAAAUUCAAAAAUGUAACUGGAUUAAGAGAUUUCCCUGGCAAAAUUGACUACAAUGAUGCUCCAGUACAAAAGGAUCUGGCGAGGGAAGAAAUUGCUUCUGUUGAGAAGCGCCAAGAGGUUUCCAUUAUAGAAAGAACGGUAUCUGUGACUAUUAAGGAUGAUAACAGUUCUCAUAGCUCUUCAAUUGAUGAAAGUGGUUCAGUGAUGUUGCCAUGGAAGAGAUGGAGUAAUCCAACUUCUUCUGUUGAUGAAAAAUCCAGUAAGGGAAAGGCUGAUGUCGCAGAGAGAUUUAUACCUGAGGCAGAAUUAAAUAGGCUCCGAAAUGUUUCAUUGAGAAUGGUGGAAAGGAUAAAGAUUGGAAAAGCUGGUAUCAACCAAGAACUGGUGAACAACAUUCAUGAGAAGUGGAAGGAGAAUGAAGUGGUGAAACUGAAGUUCGAGGGUUCUUCUACUUUGAACAUGAAAAGAAAUCAUGAAAUUUUGGAGAAAAGAACUGGAGGUCUAGUCAUAUGGAGAUCAGGCAGUUCAAUAGUGUUAUACAGGGGAAUGACAUACAAGUUUCCUUGUGUUCAAUCUUAUUCCAAGCAAACUGAAGAUACUGCCAACAGACCAAAAGAUCUGAUUAGGAAUAACGCUGUAUCUAUUCGAAACUCUUCUAGAGAUUCAAUCCAUUUACAUGAAGGAGAAGAAGUCACAGAUUUGAGUGAGAUUAACCUUCUGUUGGAUGAGCUAGGUCCACGAUUUAAAGAUUGGACUGGCCCCGAACCACUACCCAUAGAUGCAGAUUUGCUUCCUAAUGUAGUUCCUGGAUAUAGAACUCCGUACAGGUUUCUAAGAGAAGGGUUCAGACGUUGUUUAACGGGAAAGCAAAUGACUUUGUACAGACAAACUGCUCGAAAAAUGCCUCCCCAUUUUGCUCUAGGAAGAAACAGAGAAUUGCAAGGUUUGGCUAUGGCCAUGGUGAAACUAUGGGAAAGAAGUGCCAUCGCCAAGAUAGCCAUCAAGCGUGGUGUACUAAAUACAUGUAACGAGAGGAUGGCAGAAGAGCUUAAGGUAUUAACAGGUGGAACAUUAGUUUCAAGGAACAAGGAGUACAUUGUAUUUUACAGGGGUAAUGAUUUUUUGCCGCCUGUUGUUACGAAAGCGGUUGAGGAAGCACAGAAAAGGAAUGUGCUGACUGAGGAUGAGGAAGAGGAAGCUCGAAACAGGGCAUCGAGAAUGUUUUUGUCAAAUUCCAAACCUGUAAAAGUCCGUCGUCUCGUUGCAGGAACACUUGCGGAAACAAAGGCAGCAACUUCAGAGUGGGGGAACCAAUUUGCCAAUGUUGAUGUAGGGAAAAUGAUGAAGGAUGCUGCUGUUGCUAGACACGCCUCUUUGGUCAGACAACUCGAGAACAGACUAGCACUUGCUAAUCGAAAGAUGUUGAAAGCUGAGAAAGCAGUUUUAGAAGUGCAGGAAUCUCUCGAACCAGCAGAUCUACCGACUGAUUUAGAAACCAUAACAGAUGAGGAGAGACACUUGUUUCGCAAAAUAGGACUGAGCAUGCAACCGUAUCUGACAGUAGGUAGGAGAGAUGUGUUUGAUGGUACAAUAGAGAACAUACACUUAAACUGGAAAUAUAGAGAGGUGGUGAAGCUAUUUGUUAGAGGAAAAAACAUAUCACAAGUGAAGCAUAUAGCAGUCUCUCUAGAGGCAGAAAGUGGAGGUAUUCUUGUAUCCUUGGAUAAAACAGUUCAAGGAUACUCAAUUAUUUUGUAUCGGGGGAAGAAUUAUCGAAGACCCCUUACAAUAAGACCCAAGAAUCUAUUGAGUAAAAGGCAGGCAUUGGCACGAUCAAUUGAACUACAGAGACGCGAGGGUCUAAAGCAUCAUAUAUUAGGCCUGACAGAACAAAUUGAGAAGUUGAAGAUGGAGCUGGAAGAUAUGAAGAGAACAGAGGAGAUUGAUGAGGAGACUUUCCGUGCCAGGAUGAAUGUCAACUACAUACUGGAUGAUGAUGAUGAUGACGAAGAAGAAUCAGAGGAUGAAGAGGUGCAUAUUGGAAUUCAUGAUUGGAAAAGACGGCAACAAUGAGCCAGAUUCUUGAACAGUGGGAUGAACCAAAUUGCUAGCCUACAACUAUAAGAUCACGACCGGUUGGAUGGGGGCGAGAAUAAGAUGGAGAUUAUUAUUAUUAGGGUUGUAAAAGAGCAUUAGCGAAUAGCCGAAUACAUCAGAGAUAGAAUCGAACACCUGCCAUUGAAGAAGAAAAAUCUUGUUGUGCAAAUAGGAUUCCUAGUUGAUAUAGAGGAGAGCAAUAAUUAAUAUCAUCCUUGUAACUUUGAAGAAGAUAAUCGUGUAGUUUUAAUUUUGAUAUUUAUUAU